AUGACUGACCCUGGUCCAGGUCCAGGAGUCUCCUCUCCUGUUAUCAGUGAGCUCCUCCUGAGAACCCCCCUCACCCAGAGCAGACCCCCCCUCACCCAGAGCAGACCCCCCCUCACCCAGAGCAGACCCCCCCUCACCCAGACCCCCCCUCACCCAGAGCAGACCCCCCUCACCCAGAGCAGACCCCCCCCUCCCCAGACCCCCCUCACCAGAGCAGACCCCCCCUCACCCAGAGCAGACCCAGACCCCCCUCACCAGAGCAGACCCCCCCUCACCCAGAGCAGACCCCCCUCACCCAGAGAGCCUCACCUCACCCAGAGCAGACCCCCCCCUCACCCAGAGCAGACCCCCCCUCACCCAGAGCCUCACCUCCACUUCCUCUGCCUGACCCUGUGUCCAAACAAACACACGAGGCCCAACGUGUGGAGAGACGGAGCCCAAAACACCCAGCGGAGCCUCUCUAAAUCCAGAGGAUGGCACACUCCACCUCCUCACCGCCCCCUGACGCCCGGCUUACCUUGGGCCGUCCUCCGCUCCGAGCCCGCGCCAUAUGUGGAAGAGACGGGGGGGGGUGGAGCUCUGGAAACCCGCCGCCGCCGCCGCCGCCGCUCGUGCACCCAAACCCAGGUACAGCGUCCCCGGCCCGGAUACCCCCACCCCCCUCUGAUCCGCCCCGGGCACCCAGGGGAGAGGAGGUGUUAA